AUGAUCAAUGCCGUCCUGGUUUUCAACAACAAUGGGCAGCCACGUCUUACUAAAUUCUACACGCAUAUCGACACGCAAACCAAACAAUCACUCAUAUCACAGAUUUAUCAUUUGGUCUCCCAACGCCCACCGAGUGCCUGUAAUUUCCUCCCCUUGCCGCCGCUACUAUCUCAGGGUGCUCGUCCGAAAGCAGCAAAUGGGCCUUCUGAUGCUCCCACUCAGAUUACCUACCGAACAUACGCUACGUUGUCGUUUAUCAUGAUCUCCACAUCGACCGAAUCCCCUCUCGCCCUGAUCGACUUGAUUCAGGUCUUUGUCGAAGCGCUGGAUCGUAUCUUCGAAAACGUUUGCGAGCUGGAUUUGAUUUUCGGGUUCGAAACUAUGCAUGCUGCUCUAAACGAGAUGAUCGUGGGAGGCGUCGUCGUAGAGACUAAUAUCGAUAAGAUCGUCGCGGGGGUCCGAAAUCAGGAGGGAAAUCUGGGCAAGAGGAAAGCCAUUCAGGCAGCGAGCUCUGUUGGGCGCGGUGGAAUCGCUGGGCUGGGUGGCUGGCGCUAA